AUGACUACUUGGGUUCCCUCCCCCGACUUUGAUCCGCGCUCGGAGCUACUUCCGAACAUCUUUGACCACUAUGCCCAGGUCAAGCCAGACGCCAUCUAUGCUGAAUACCCAGUGGAUCCCAUGACUUACGAGAAAGGGUACAGGCCGAUCACCUACAAAGCCUUCGCCAACGCUAUCAAUGGCGUUGCUGGCUGGCUGACGAAGACCUUGGGCCCGGGAACAGGAGAGACUUUGGCGUACCUUGGACCGAAUGACCUGCGAUACCCGGCAUUGGUAUUGGGAGCAGUUAAGGCUGGAUACUGUAUGUUUCUUACCUCGCCGCGCAACAGUGCAGUGGCCCACCAGUCACUAUUUACCAAACUUGAGUGCACGACGCUGCUGGCUCCUUCACCACGGCCGCCAUUUAUCGCUGGAAUUCUGGACGCCCACCCACUGAAGGUUGUUGAUGUUCCCAGCGUGGCGGAGCUACUCGCGACCGAGUAUCCGGUUUUUCCUUACGCCAAAACAUACCCUGAAGCAGCACAUGAUCGAUUGGCCAUUCUGCACACAUCGGGCUCGACGGGCAUUCCCAAGCCUAUCAUCUGGACCCAUGAUAGCGCCGUCAAGCACAUGCACAUGCAAAGACUCGAUAUACCCGACGGCUGCGAAGGCCAGGACAGUUGGGGUUUCGGCAAGCGCAUGUACCUGUCUCUACCUCCCUUCCAUGCCGCUGGACUAGGGCACAUUCUUUUCAUUACCAUGCCCGUUGAUGUCACCCUGAUAAUGCCUACUGCUGCCGGUCUUCCCAGCGCCACUGGUUUGGUAGCGGCAAGGAAGCAGACCCCGUUUGAGUGGGCAAUUGUUGUUCCGUCAAUCGUGCUGGAGUUGUCUCAAGCCACUGAUCUGCUGGAGUACUGCGGCAACCAUCUGGAGUACAUGAUGUAUUGUGGCGGAGAUCUGCCCCAGCCUGUUGGGGACAUAGUAGCCCGCAAGCUGAGGAUUGUGAACGGCUACGGCGCUUCCGAGCUGGGUAUCUUGAAUGUGAUCCACGAAACGGGCAAUUGGGAUCCUCUUAAAGACUGGCGCUACCUCCAUUUCCAUCCGGAACUGGGUAUGGAGUUCCGGCAUGUAUCAGGGGACGAGUAUGAGGCGGUCUUGGUGCGCACACCUGAGCGCGAGGGUCACCAAUUUCCCUUUUCAAUCUUCCCCGACCGUCAGGAGUAUCAUACCAACGACCUGAUGGUGCGCCACCCGGAUCCCGCCAAGUCAAACCUCUGGCGGCCGUCCGCACGCCUGGAUGAUGUGAUUGUCUUCCUCAACGGCGAAAAGACAAACCCCGUCUCAAUGGAGGGGCAUAUGGUUGCCUCUAAUCCCGAGGUGACAGGGGCCCUCGUUGCCGGCGCGCAACGCUUUCAAGCCGCUCUGAUCGUGGAACUGGACCGCUCAGUGCCAGCACUAAGCGCGAGCGACAGAGCUGCUGUCAUCGAGAAGCUCUGGCCUAGCAUACAGCAGGCAAACGAGAAGUGUCCAGCUCACGCCCGUAUCGCCAAGAGCCACAUUCUAUUUACCACUCCGGAGAAGCCCAUGCUCCGUGCCGGAAAGGGCACCGUCCAACGCGCAGGUACUUUGGCAAUGUACGCGUCCGAACUCGACGCCCUCUACGCGGACGCUGAGAAGCUGGCCCAGCAGGACGGUGGCGAAAUACCCGGGCCGGGGGCCGUGGACGAUGCCGUCCAGGUUGCUGCGUUCAUCCGCGCUUCCCUGUUGGCUAUUACUGGUUGGAGUGCGGAGAAGCUGUCCGACACCGAAAAUUGGUAUACUCUGGGACUGGACUCGUUGCAGACAAUAACGAUGACACGCGUGCUCAAGCAAGGUCUUCAUUUACCUACUCUCAUGCCUAACUUGAUCUAUUUGUAUCCCUCGAUAACGGAGCUUACCCAAGCAGUUCAACAGCUGGACAAGCAGGGUGAAAAGUCUACCGAACUUCAACAACAAGGUCUACUUCAGGAGCGGGACAAACUGCUACAGACACUUGACAGUCAAAUCGAACCACCCAGUCCUGAUACCGUUCAUACUGCCAGCAGGCCAACCCCCGGAACACACACUGUCAUCCUGACCGGCUCCACUGGCCAGCUAGGAACUUACAUCCUUGAUGCCCUGCUGAAAAAUCCCUCUGUAGCGCACGUCCACUGCCUGAACCGUGGGGAUGAUGCUCGCGAGAAACAACAGAACCGCAUCAAAGCCUAUGGCCUCACCCCGCUAGCCGACAACGAGGCACGUCUAAGCUUCUGGACUGCAGACCUAAGCAAGGGGGGCGAUUUGGGUCUGCAACCAGACGUUUUCACCCAGUUGCAGCAAACCGCCACGCUAGUUAUUCACAACGCCUGGACCGUGAACUUCAACGUCCCCCUAGCAACCUUCGAACCCCAAAUACAGGGCGUGGUGAACCUCAUUAACUUUGUGACCCACAGCCCACGAUCCCCACGUCUAUUCUUUCUCUCAUCCAUCAGCUCGGUCAUGGGCCAUUAUAACGGCGAGUCUGGCCUGAUACCAGAGACCGUCCUUACUACCACCACUUCCGCCCCGAAUGGCUACGCCAACAGCAAAUACAUUGCCGAGCAUCUGCUUGAUUACGCUGCACAGCAACAGCAAGAGCAACAAAACCGUACCCAGCAAGCACAAGCUGCCCCAUCCUUCUCCUUCGCCCGGGUAGGUCAGGUAGCAGGCGCCGUGCGAUCUUCCGGUCUCUGGAACCGUGCCGAGUGGUUCCCUAGCCUUAUUCAGAGCUCACGACACCUCCAAGCUCUCCCCGAUACCCUGGGUCCGGUGGACCGGAUUGACUGGGUACCAGUCGAUCUUCUAGCCGAAGUACUAGUUGAGCUAGCUCUUCUUGGUGCGGACGACUUUCCCGCCUCUACCAUGAUCAAUCGCUGCUCCUCUGCUACCAAUUCACCCACAGCGGUCCAAGUCUACCAUCCCGUCAACCUUCACCCCCAAUCCUGGGAUUUGAUACGGCCCGUCGUCGCCGACGCCCUUCUCGCCCAGGACAAGGAAAACAGUGGAAAGAAGAUUGAAACCAUCCCAUUGCACGAGUGGGUGCAGCGUGUCCGGCGGGAUAUCGAGGCAGCCAGCGUCAGCUUCUCGGCUGAUACUAAGGAUAGCAAGCGGUUGGGUGAUAAGGAACUGCAGGCAUUGUUGGAGCAGAACCCGGCUGCCAAAUUGUUGGAUUUCUUUGAGGGUUUGACGAUGGAACAUACUCAGCCAGGAACUGUCUUUGCGUCGGUACACACGGCGAAGAUGAGUAAGACGUUACGCGAGGUGGAGGGUGUGCGGCCUGAGUGGCUCAGAAAGUGGGUUGGGGAAUGGUUGGCUUAG